AUUUGAACCAAAUUUUAGGAAUCUUUAAGGCCCAACGCUAAUAAUUUGUUUCUCGGGUGCUUUGAACAAUCUUUAACUCACCCCUCAAUAAUCCACACAACGGUCGUACAAUUGAUCUCAACAACUCACAAAAAAGGUUCUGUGUAGCAACAAUUAUGUUCCUCACUAAAUUUUCGCAUCUUGGAGCUCAUGUGAUCAAGGGUUUAACAGGAGGUCAAACAUCUACUCCAAGAAUACCAUAUACACAUCUUUUUCACAAUCGCCAUUUGCAGCAUCUGGUUAGUAAUAGCUUUUCCCAAUUGCAAAAGCAUCAUUUUUUUUCUAGCACUGCUGCUGAUAAAGCUCAAGAGGGAGGGGAUGAAGAUAAGGAAAAAAUAUCAGUGACACUUAUUGACAAAGAUGGAGAUGAGAAACAGAUUAAGGUCCCAAUUGGUAUGUCCAUGUUAGAAGCUGCCCAUGAAAAUGACAUCGACCUUGAAGGAGCUUGUGAAGGAUCACUUGCCUGUUCCACUUGUCAUGUGAUUGUGAUGGAUAUGGAGUACUACAACAAAUUAGAAGAUCCAACUGAUGAGGAAAACGACAUGUUAGAUCUUGCUUUCGGUCUUACGGAGACGUCUCGUCUAGGUUGUCAAGUAAUUGCAAGCCCGGAACUCGACGGCCUCCGCUUAGCACUUCCUGCUGCGACACGAAAUUUCGCUGUUGAUGGAUUUAAGCCAAAACCACAUUAAAAUUUUCUCAUAGAGGAAUGCUCGGGAGAAGCUUUGAGAGUGCUAAGGAUGAGGCUGUGCCAGUUUUGUUUCAUCUCGGUUGAAUUAAAAGGGUCUUGAACCCUAUUAUAAUGGCCCAGGUUUUUCUUGGGGGGGGGGGGCGGGGGGGGGGGGGGGGGGGGCCCUAUUUAUCAUAAUAUUGUUCGGUUUUGUAUGAUUGUUUUUUUUGGGAGAUAUUACACUGCCGUGUAUUUAUUGGGCAUUUUACUGGAUGAAUAGGGUUUGUUUUUCACCGACAUUUCUUCGAAGGCCCAUUUCAUUGGUGUUUCUGGCAUGAUUUACUGGAAAAAGGACACAUUUUCUGUUGUAAUUUUUUGAUAACAUCACAAUCUUUUGGUCUAAUAACAAGAGUAAACCUUCUAUUUAGUGUACA